UCCGAGAAGAGGAAAGACAGAGCUAGCAUUAGCAAUGGCCGCUGAGGCUCCGACGGUAGAGGUUUCUGAAGAAGAUGGUGAGCUGCUGCGGGCACAGGCUGAUCUGUGGCGCCACAGUUUUGGCUACGUCACGUCCAUGGGUCUCCGGUGCGCCGUGAAGCUCGGCGUCCCGACCGCCAUCCACCACCUCGGCGGGGUCACGUCGCUUCCGGACCUGACGACCGCUCUCUCCCUCCCGCCGUCCAAGAUGCCGUACCUCCGCCGCCUCAUGCGGCUGCUGGUCUCGACCGGCGUCUUCGCCAAAGCCGAGUCCAGCUCCGAGGAGGGGCCGGAGCUCUUCCGCCUCAACCCGCUCUCCAAAAUCCUGGUCGACGGCGACGGCGACGAGCACCACGGCCACACGUCCUUGGUGCUCGCGGCGACCUCGAGCCAGUACCUGGAGGCGUCGCUAGGGCUGGCGGAGUGGUUCAAGAAGGACUUUGGGGAGGCACCGGUGCCGUCCCCGUUCGAGGACGUGCAUGGGGUCCCGCUCCUGGACGAGAGGACGGCCAGCCUCGACAAGGAGUUUGACGAGCUUGUCAACGACGCUGUGGCCGCCCAUGAUAACUUGGGGAUCGACAUGAUCGUGAGGGAGUGCCAUUACCUUUUCAAGGGGCUCGAGUCAGUCACGGAUUGCUGCGGCGGCGAUGGUACCACGGCGAGGGCCAUCAUCGACGCCCACCCGCACCUCAAGUGCAAUGUUCUUGACCUUCCCAAGGUGAUUGAGAAAGCCCCGGCUCACGACAUCAUUAACUAUGUCGCCGGUGACAUGUUUCAAGCCAUCCCACCUGCUCAAGCCGUGAUGCUCAAGUUCGUGCUGCACAAUUGGAAUGACGAGGAUUGCGUGAACAUCCUGGAUCAGUGCAAGAAAGCCACUCCUUCUCGAGAGGAAGGAGGAAAGGUUAUCAUCAUAGAUAUAUUGGUCAAUCCUUCUUUGGAGCCAAUAAUAUAUGAAUCCCAGAUGCUAUUCGAUGUGGGCAUGAUGACUCUUACGAAAGGCCGGCACCGGGAUGAAAAUGACUGGGGUACACUCUUCAUGAAAGCCGGGUUCAGUGAGUAUAAGAUUGUCAAGAAACUUGGAGACCGAGUUGUCUUUGAGGUCUAUCCAUGAGAUAUUGUGCUUUAAGAAAAUAGAUAAAGGGCCUGCAUCCUUCUUGGAAAGUACUACAAAUCACAGAGUGGCUAAGCUAUUAAGCUUCGUUACUCCAAGAUCUGUGUAUCUUUAAUUUCGACAAGUAUAUACGAAAGUUGGUGUGUGUGUGUGUAUAACUAUAUAUGUAUGUGUCCUGUUGGUAUAUAUACAUCCCAACUGAACCGGGUUUGAUACUUGGAUUUAAGAAUCAGGUUUUAUACUAUAGCAAAAUAAAUCGAAUACAGAAAUAAAAAUAUUUUUUAUGAGUGUAUGGACUGUUGGCCCACCCUGACCUAUUAGGCUGGGUCCCCCACUGCUUGUAUUUGUCAUGUAUGAUAAACAAUGUGUUUGGAGAACUGCUCGACACCCUAAACGUGGGUACGGCUAUCUCAUUA